GUCGCGUUAAUCCAAAGCGGUUCAUAAGAAACGCACACCCACCUCCCCUGUUUCUCCAGCUUCGAGGUUUUCCGGCGUGAGGAAGGAAGGAAGGCAGCGAGAGCAGGGCGCGGGAGACUGCGAGAGGCUGCCGCCAUGGAGAACGAGUUCCAGGAUGGCAAGGAGGAGGUCAUCCAAGCAUGGUACAUGGAUGACAGUGAAGAGGAUCAGAGGCUUCCUCACCACCGUGAGCCCAAAGAGUUCAUUCCUCUUGCCAAACUUUCAGAAUUAGGUGUUGUAAGCUGGAACCUAAAUGCUGAUAACUGGGAGAAAGACGAGAAUCUCAAGAAAAUCCGUGAGGCCAGGGGAUACUCCUAUGUGGACAUCUGCGACGUAUGUCCUGAGAAAUUGCCAAACUAUGAGGCCAAGCUGAAGAAUUUCUUUGAAGAGCACUUGCAUACUGAUGAGGAGAUACGCUAUUGUCUUGAGGGCAGUGGAUACUUUGAUGUGAGGGACCAAAAUGAACAGUGGAUCCGUAUAGCAGUUAAGAAAGGUGGCAUGAUUGUUUUGCCUGCAGGAAUGUAUCACCGCUUUACAUUGGAUAGUGACAACUACAUCAAGGCAAUGCGGCUCUUUGUGGGAGAGCCUAUCUGGACGCCUUACAAUCGUCCCCAUGACCAUCUCCCAGCUAGAAAGGAGUAUGUCGACAAGAUUAUCAACAGAGGUGGGAACCAAACCGUCGAAGCUCAGCCCAUCGACGUGUGCCUCUUUGGUAUUGUCAUCAUGCUCCUCCUCGGCCCCGGCCUUGAGCUCCUCGAAGAGCUGCCGUGCUUCAUUGAUCCGGAGCUCGCGGCGCUCACGAUCGACAAUGUGGAUGCUCUUCACGACGUGUACACCGUCCUGCUUCAUGUCAACGUGCUCCAGUCGCCGUCGGCCGCCUGGCGCACCCGCGCGUCUGUCGACCGCCGAUUGGCCGCCUCGCCCACUUGCGCCGGGCGCGGCAACCUCAGCCACACCCGCACCAACCCGCCCGCGCUAGCUGCGACCCGGCCCCGGCGUCCAGAAGCUUCCGAGCCGGCCGGUCACGAACGCGCCGCGCGGCCCAGAACCUUCCGCCCCGGCCCCCGUCCCGUCGCGCUCGCUCCCGUACUCGGCAGGAGUAUUUAUCAGCAGGCACCUCCCACUUUCCCGCGGAAGGAAAGCAGCCAGCCAAAGACCACCUGCGUUGGGCGCCACUGUGCUGAGCAAUUCUUUCUUUGGUUCUUUGGAUUCUUCCGUGUGCGACAGGAGAUCGCUGGUUGUUUGCUUGCUCGGCCGCGAGGAGGGAUGGACCGGGUGCUGCUGCCGGUGAGGGUGAAGGAGGAGUGGCCGCCGCCGCCGCCGGAGGAGGAGGAGGAGGAGUUGGAGCAUCGGGGCCUGGCGCCGCGGCCGAUGGAGGGGCUGCACGAGACGGGCCCGCCGCCGUUCCUGACCAAGACGUUCGACCUGGUGGCCGACCCGGCCACCGACGGCGUCGUCUCCUGGGGCCGCGCCGGGGACAGCUUCGUCGUCUGGGACCCCCACCUCUUCGCCGCCGUGCUGCUCCCGCGCUUCUUCAAGCACAGCAACUUCUCCAGCUUCGUCCGCCAGCUCAACACCUACGGUUUUAGAAAGAUUGAUCCAGACAGAUGGGAGUUCGCGAACGAGGGUUUCAUUAGGGGCCAGAGACAGCUUCUGAAGAUGAUAAAGAGAAGGAGACCAAUGUCUUAUCUCCCUUCAUCACAGCAGCAGGCUCUUGGCUCCUGCCUCGAAGUCGGCCAGUUCGGAUUCGACGAAGAAAUCGAAGUGCUAAAGCGCGACAAGAACGCCUUACUCGCAGAGGUGGUGAAACUGAGGCAGGAGCAGCAGAGCAGCAGAGCUGACAUGCGAGCCAUGGAAGAGAGGUUACACCACGUCGAGCAGAAGCAGCUCCAGAUGAUGGGUUUCCUGGCAAGAGCAAUACAGAACCCUGACUUCUUUCUCCAGCUGAUCCAGCAACAAAAUAAACUGAAGGACCUCGAGGACGGUUACCCGACGAAGAGGAGGAGGCCCAUCGAUGUAAUGCCGUUCCUUGGCCCUGAGGGGACCAGUCAGAGUGAGCCACUCGAGUCCACAUUCAUUUUUGAGGACAGGGAAUUUUCAGAGCUGGAGAAUUUAGCCAUGAACAUUCAGGGCAUCAGGAAGGGCAUGGAGGAUGACAGAGGUGGUCGGAAUCAGGGCUGUGGUGAGGCCGAGCUGACUGACGACUUCUGGGAGGAGCUGCUGAGUGAAGGAAUGAGGGAUGAAGCUGAGAUGCUAGAGCUGGAGAGGAGGAGAUCUAGAUGUUUCGACGCGUAGCGCAAAAUAUGGGUCAUCUAAGUAACAACGAUCCAAACUCUACCAGAAUUCAUAACCAUUUAAUCUAUAUACAGUUGUAUAGAUAGCUGUAUUGCAUAUUGUAGUGCUAAUUCAUAGUCAUAGACUGAUUGUAUUGCGGUUCCACACCGAUUAUGUGGUAUAUAUCUAGUGGUAUAAAUACUGUCCCUGCAUUCUCAUCGA